AGCCCCGCCCCGGCCCCGCCGGGGCCGAGCCGAGCCCCCGGGAGCGCCGCUCGGCGGGAACCCGGCCGCCCCCGAGCCCAGGCACCCCCGCGGGAGGGCCGGGCGGCGGCGCCCCGGGAGCGGCGGGGCCGGGCCGGGAGCCCGCGCGCUCAGGAUGUUCCCUCAGGGACGGCACCCGGUAAGUGCCGCGGGGGCGGCGGGGCCGGGCCGGGCCGGGCCGCGGGGCCGGGCCGCAGCCUCCAGCCGGGCUGUCUCUCCGCUGCAGCCCGGGCAGCCCUUCAAGUUCUCGGUGCUGGAGAUCUGCGACCGCAUCAAGGAGGAGUUCCAGUUCCUGCAGGCGCAGUACCACAGCCUGAAGCUGGAAUGCGAGAAGCUGGUGAGCGAGAAGACGGAGAUGCAGAGACAUUAUGUCAUGUACUACGAGAUGUCCUACGGCCUGAACAUUGAAAUGCACAAGCAGGCAGAGAUUGUCAAGAGGCUGAGUGCCAUUUGUGCCCAGAUUAUUCCCUUCCUGACGCAGGAGCACCAGCAGCAGGUCCUGCAGGCAGUGGAACGGGCCAAGCAGGUGACCAUGGGCGAGCUCAACAGCAUCGUCGGGCAGCAGCAGCUUCAGCAGCUCUCCCAGCACGCAUCCCCGCUCCCGCUGGCCCCCCACCCCUCCAGCAUGCAGCCCCCCAGCCUGAGCGGGGCCAGCGGCACCGCGGGGCUCCUGGCCCUCUCGGGGGCACUGAUGGCACAGGCUCAGCUGGCCACCAAGGAGGACAGAGUGGCCCAGGAGGGGGAGAACAGAGAGCACAGCCCAAGCCGGAGCGUUUCUUCUUCCCCUGCCGAGAGCCUGCAGGACGAGGAGCGCACGGGGCUGAAGAGGAAGCGGGAGGAGAAGGAGCUGCCUGGGCAUUCUGACAGCGAUGGGGACAAGAGUGACUACAACCUGGUGGUGGAUGAGGACCCGCCCUCGGAGCCCGGCAGCCCCGGCCGCUCGCCCAGCCGCCCAUCCCGCCGGGAGCUGCCCGGGAGCCCCGCGUCCCUCGGCUCCGGCGGCGGCACCGCGCCCGGCCGGUGCAAGGAGCAGAGCCCGACUGACUCCGUGGCCAGCGCUCCCACCUCCAAGCCCUCCUCUUCCUCACCUCCCCGUGACUCCCUCACACCAGGCCCCGGGCCCAGCUCGGCCGUCGCUCUCCGGCCGCCCCCGGGCAAGGCGCCCAGCACCGACAGCGCCACUCUCCGCAGCCCCCUGAGCUCCUCCAGCCCCUUCACGUCCUCCCUGGGCACGGUGCCCCACGCCGCCCUCAGCGGGGAGCUCCCGGCCCCCGGCCUCUACAUGGGCAUCCAGCUCUCGGUGCCCCAGGCCAGCAGCACGCUGCUCUACGGCCGCUCCCCCGUGGUGGCGUUUGAGUCUCACCCUCACCUGAGGGCUUCCACCCUCUCCUCUUCACUCCCCACCAUCCCUGGAGGGAAGCCUGCCUACUCCUUCCACGUCAGCGCCGACGGGCAGAUGCAGCCGGUGCCUUUCCCCCCCGACGCCCUCAUGGGCUCGGGCAUCCCCCGGCACGCGCGGCAGCUGCACACCCUGAGCCACGGCGAGGUGGUCUGUGCUGUCACCAUCAGCAACUCCACGCGACACGUCUACACCGGGGGCAAGGGCUGCGUCAAGGUCUGGGACGUGGGGCAGCCGGGCACCAAGACGGCCGUGGCUCAGCUGGACUGCCUGAACCGUGACAACUACAUCCGUUCCUGCAAGCUGCUCCCCGACGGCCGCAGCCUGAUCGUGGGGGGGGAGGCCAGCACCCUGUCCAUCUGGGACCUGGCAGCCCCCACGCCCCGCAUCAAGGCCGAGCUCACCUCCUCUGCCCCCGCCUGCUACGCCCUGGCCAUCAGCCCUGACGCCAAAGUCUGCUUCUCCUGCUGCAGCGACGGCAACAUCGUGGUGUGGGACCUGCAGAACCAGACGAUGGUGAGCUGUGCCCUCGCCCUCUCCCUCUCCCUCCCCCUCUUUCCCAGGCAGUUUCAAGGCCACACGGACGGUGCCAGCUGCAUUGACAUCUCUAACUAUGGCACCAAGCUGUGGACAGGGGGGCUGGACAACACCGUGCGCUGCUGGGACCUGCGGGAGGGGCGGCAGCUGCAGCAGCACGACUUCAGCUCCCAGAUCUUCUCCCUGGGCUACUGCCCCAUGGGAGAGUGGCUGGCCGUGGGCAUGGAGAGCAGCAACGUGGAGAUCCUGCACGUCACCAAACCCGACAAGUACCAGCUGCACCUCCACGAGAGCUGCGUCCUCUCUCUCAAAUUCGCCUCCUGCGGGAAGUGGUUCGUGAGCACGGGGAAGGACAACCUGCUCAACGCCUGGCGGGCGCCCUACGGAGCCAGCAUCUUCCAGUCGAAGGAGUCCUCGUCAGUCCUGAGCUGUGACAUCUCUGUCAACGACAAAUUCAUCGUUACGGGCUCUGGUGACAAAAAGGCCACAGUGUAUGAGGUGGUUUACUGACUCCUGUCACCAUCAGGAAUGGGGACACACCUUCCCCAAUGCCACCAUGCUCACAGAGGCUUCCAGUGCUGGACCUGCCCUCCUGCAGCUCUACUUUCCCUCCUCCUCCUCUGCUUUCAGACACCAAACCAAGGCCCUGGCCCCAUCCUCCUGCCCUGGUUCCUGCACGAGGCUGGCAGUGAGGGCUGGGUGUAGCCUGGCAGCCCCUGAGGCUGGGCAAGGGCUGGGCUGGACAUCCUGGGUUCUGUCUGUCCUCCAGGCCGGCUGCACAGGGAGCUGGACACAGCCUGAGAGUGUGUGUCUCCUGAAUUCCUGCUACUGACUUAACAGCACCCAUUUUCUGCUGCAGCAACAGCUGUAAAUGAUCAGUAAAGAAGUGUAUUUAACUA